CUUGCCACAGUAACGUGACAUCGCUACGUUGGGCACUACACGAGCAUCACUGUACAAACGCACGUGCACUGGAACAUGUCUUACAUAUUUAGUUUUGCAAUCUUUGUGAUAACGUUUUGUAUUAUAGAUUCCGAGACCUUAAAUGGAGAGGGAACAUGUAGUACGGACUAUCCCGUCAACGUACCGGAAGUGACCUCUCUGAAGUACAAAGCUGCGCACUCGUUCAAACUUGAGGGAUUCGACAAUGCCUCAGUCGUUCUUCGAAAAACGUCAGCUGACUACAACAUGGACGUGGAAGGGGAGCUGUACGUGACCGGGGGUGGUCUGAAGGAUAAAUACAAGACUGUCCGAAUCACAAUGUUAAUGGACAACUCGACAAUUCACCUGUACAAUAACCGGCAAUUCGUGAUGCAGGUUUACAUCCUCAGCUAUAACACAAAGUACGCCAACUUUACGGAGGCUAAAGGUCAGUCAGACGGAUUAUCCGCGCUGUCCUUCUGGGUCAUAGAGACAAAGACACACAACACGUCCAGUCUGGUGCCAACUUUCGAAAGCCUCAUUGAAGCAGGAGUCAAAACAGAUUCUGUAAACUUGAGGAGUAUAUUUCCCCAGUAUCUCAAGAAAUUCUUCCAAUAUCACGGCAAGCUGGGACCGAUGCAUCCAUCUUGUGAUGUAACCUGGAGUAUCCUUAACGACCGACUUCACAUCCAUAAGGAUCAGAUUAAGAUUUUGCGAUCACGGUUUCCCGCCUCUCAGAGGAAGACCAGUACCAGAAGCAAUGGGUCUCCGACUAUAACACGGAACUUCAAACUGUCGAAGGAGUCGUCUGCCCAAACUCUUAACACUAACACUUUAUUUACAGUGUGUACCUUGGUGCUAUGUUCAAUUUAUGUUUUCUAGAUCUAUUGAAUAUUUAGAUUGCCAAAACUGGAGAUCAUACAGGGACAGGUAGGGGUUAGCAAACGUGCAUAGUCUGUUUUGAGAUUUGUAAAGAUUUUACUUACACAAAAUAAUAUUCGACCUCCCUGUCGUGUAUAUAUUUUAGAGGAACAUAUAUGCCAAAACAAUUCGAUAAACAAUUGAUUGUAAAUAUAAUACAACGCAAAUGUAAAAUGUAAAUUUCAUUCUAUGAUAUAUAAAAACAGUAACAGCAAAUGCUUAUAGAAGCGUAAAUAAAACUCAUGUGUCCACACAUUAAUUCCAAUGUCCAGGUAAUAUUUAUCUGAUGCAAAUAAAACGAAAUGUCAAAUUUGAUUCGUGUCCAAAAAGAAACUUUCAUGAUAAUCAUUACAAUAUGCCAUGACUUGGUAAUUUAACAGUUUUGAAGAUAUGAUGACUCUAUGCACAAAGAGUUACUAGUAUUUUAGGAUGGAUUUUUAAAUGUUAAUAUGCAAUAUUAUACACUACGCUUGUUAGGUUGUAAUAUAUUCCCACACUCCUAUGUAAUUAAUAAUUCCAAUUAACUGUGUUGUCUAUUUACACUUUUUUUAUUUCUUAAUUUAUUAAUUUUUUGUUUUCUAUUUAUUCCCUUUUGCCAAUAGUAAUUGUUUUAAAUAUGUAAUGUGUACAUUGAAAAUGUCUUUAUGUAUUAUAUCAGUUGUCUAUUUCUGAGCGUUUUAAAAAGAAAUUUGUAGUAGAUGUAGUUCAUAUUGAAAGACCGUACACUUUAUAUCACUGGGGACAAGGAUAUGUCUUGUAAAUGUCACCAGAGUGUCAUAAAAACAGUUUGAAAAAUAUCAACAUACAAUCUCGUUUCAUGCAUGCAAAGUACGCAUCAACCAUGUCUAAAGAUGAAGCUCUGUUAAGGAAACUACAAUUGGUAGCAAAAUGAAAAUCACAAAAAAAAACAAAAAACAAAAACAAAACACAACAAAAAAAAAAAAAAAUAGAACCGACUCCAGAAAACCACACAAUGUAUUUUUGUACUAGUUUUACUUGCAGUUUUCCCAAUAACCCUACACAAUGAGUCAUUUUUAUGUAUGUUAAAUUACAUAAUACUUUUCAGUUUACAUGAACAUGUAAAAAAAAAAAAUUUCCGUAAAUUGCACCAUUAUCAAUAACUCUACAUAAUGUGUCUUCUUUUGUAAUUUGCACAAUUCUCAAUAACGUUACACAACUUUUUUUUCGGAAAUUUGCACCAUUUUUAAUAACCCUAUAAAAUGUUUUUUCUCGUUAUUUGCAUCAUUCUUAAUAACCCUAUAAAAUGAGUCAUCUUUCGUAAUUUGCACAACUCUCAAUAACCCUAUAGAAUGUACCUAUAAAAUGUACUUUUCUCGUAAUUUGCACAAUACUCAAUAACCCUAUAGAUGUACAUUUUCCCUAAUUUGCAAUAUUUGUUAAUAACCUUACACAAUGUGUCACUUUUCUGUAUGUUAAACUUCAUAAUACCCGUCAGUAUUACACAUGUAAAAUCUAUUAUUAUACGUCACGACGUCACGUGGUAUGUCAUCAUGUUAAUUUAUCUGUGUACCUCAUUGUUUAAUAUAAGGACCAGUAAACAACUUACUGGUAUACUAAUAUAUACAGUACCGAUAUAUCAUAGGAAUGUUUAACGUGUCACGUGCACCAUUGUUAAUGCCUUAACGUAUACUUCCGGUCCGUGUCUGACGUUAAACCCUUUAGAACGAAACUACACAUGCGACUUGGAAAUAUAUAUUGAGUUUUAAUAUCAUAUCUCCUAUACCAGUGAUGAUGAUUUCUUUUUUAAUUUGGUAUCCAUUUCUUAUUUUUUGAUAGUUUCCCUAUGAUAUUGAAAUCAUAGAUAUCAAAGGUAUAGAAAGAUGUAAGGUUUAUAAACGGUGAUUUCUUAAACCAGAAUACAGAAAACUGAGUGAUGUGAAACUUCAGAUGAAGUAUAUUUUGUAUAGAAAUAUAGGAAAAGGAUACAUAGUAAGAAAAUGAUCAGUUUAGCUGUAUGAUUUUGUUUUGUGUUGUUUUGAUCGUAUACCAACAGCUGUUGUUGACCAUGACUACUGUAGUUUUUACUGUAAAGCCGAGUAAAAUAACUAUAUGUGCUAAGCACUGUACAUGUUUGUAGAUGUCACAUAGUGAUGACCAUCACUUGUAAGGUUUUACCCAGUCUUCCUCUCUCAUUCAGGAAACAAUAUUUAAUGUAGGUGCACUCUUUGAUUACAAAUGUAAAUAAAUCCCAUUAAAUAUA